AUGGCCAUCACAAAAUAUCUCCUUCCAACCAUCGCGUUGGCAGGAAGCGCCAUAGGCCAAUGCAGUAACAGUGCCACCCUGACCAUCACCAAAUCCGCUGAUGCGAGUCAAAUUGGCUCUUGCACAACUUACAGCGGCUCCGUUGCAAUCCCAACAGAUGUUUCAGAUGCUCAGGAUUCUAGUGGUCACAACGGGCUCUCCAUACAGGGCGUUGAAAAGAUUGUGGGUAACGUCACAGUCGACAGCGCUAUCAACCUGGCCAGCCUAUCUUUUCCAGACCUUCAAGAAGUCAGCGGCCUACAGCUCGGCGGUUUGACGGUUCUCUCGGAGUUAUCGCUGCCACAAAUACAGUCAAUAGAUCGGAUAAACCUCACGGCCCUUCCUGCAUUACAACAGUUCUCCUUCGGCAACACCGGGGUCACUCAGUCUCAAAGCAUACUGAUCACCAACACUGGCUUGACCACUCUCAAGGGUCUGGAUAAAUUAGACACUAUCAACAGCUUCAACGUCAACAAUAACCCCGGCCUGCAAAACGUCAGCCUUGGAAUUUCAAGCAUUAAAAAUGCGAUCAGGAUUGAAGCCAACAACGGUGAUCAAAACGGCACGGAUGCCUCAUUCCCUCAGCUUGAGUCGGCCAUGAACAUGACCUUUCGUAACUGCAGCUCUGUGUCGCUUCCUGCGCUCACCAAUGUUUCUCAAUACCUCGGUUUCUACGGGAAUUCUUUCGAAUCUUUUGCUGCCCCUAAUCUUUCGACCACGGGAGGAUUGGUGUUUGUCGAGAAUGCUGCCUUGUCCAACAUCUCUAUCCCAGGCUUGACAACAAUCAAUGCCAGCUUCCAGAUCGCCAACAAUACCAACCUUAAGAAGAUUGAUGGAAUUCAGAAGCUUUCAGUCGUCACUGCCUCUUUUGAUCUGAGUGGAAACUUCUCUGAGCUUGAUCUGCCAAAUCUGAGUCAGGUCCGAGGGGCCUUCAAUUUGCAGACAUCGGCUGAAUUCGAUUGCAAGCCGUUUGAUGAUGCCAGAAAGACCAAGAUCAAGGGAAAAUAUCAAUGUGCAGGUCAACAAUCUAAACCAGGUGGACAGGGUACCAAGCCAUCCUCGACCGGCAGCGGCGCCAAGCCAACAGGCGCUGCUGGCUUCAAUGCCGUCAAUCUCCCUGCGCUUGUUGGUGGCACCUCUUUCAUCGCUGGAUUGCUCCAGAUGGCACUGUAA